UUUUUACGACAGAUCACAUCGGAAGCCGGCCCAGGAUGCUAGUGAGCUCGCGGACCUCGGCAUGGGCUCCAGUGAUUUUAGAGUUUAUUUGCAAGAGGAGAGCUCCUGUUCUUCAGCACAUAACGACAGGCUGCCAUUCACACUGCAGUCGUGGAAUAAACACAUUCAUUUCAAGUUCGGACGUCCAGUUAUCCAGAAAAAUCAGCAUGUCGUCCAACGCGAUGUCCCAGAGAAUGGUGUGGGUGGACCUGGAGAUGACAGGUCUGGACAUUGAGAAGGACAAGAUCAUUGAAAUGGCGUGCUUAAUCACAGACUCUGAACUGAAUAUUCUGGCUGAGGGGCCCAACUUGAUAAUAAACCAGCCAAAGGAGCUGCUGGACGGCAUGUCAGAGUGGUGUAAAGAGCAUCAUGGAAAGUCAGGAUUGACCCAGGGGGUGCAGGACAGUAAAAUCACUUUGGAACAAGCAGAGUACGAGUUCCUGUCCUUUGUCAGACAGCACACCCCACCUGGACAGUGUCCCCUUGCUGGGAACUCUGUGCACGCUGACAAGAGGUUCCUGGACAAGUUCAUGCCACAGUUUAUGUACCACCUUCACUACAGGAUCAUUGACGUCAGCACCAUUAAGGAGCUUUGCAGACGGUGGUAUCCAGAGGAAUAUAGAAUUGUGCCUCACAAGAAAGCAGCCCACAGAGCCUUGGAUGACAUCCAGGAGAGCAUCAAAGAGCUGAAGUUCUACAGAGCCAAUGUCUUCAAGCCCUCAACAGAGGAGAAGAAGUGCAGAAUAUCACAAAACGGAGGCAGCAUCAACAGCUCCCACACAUGAAGCUGUGGAGCUCCAGCGUUGUGUUGCCACAUUUCUUUCAAGUUUAGUUUCUGUUCAUAUUUGUUUCAUCACUUGUUCCAAAUGUAGGUUUCAUCAAAGGAAGCAUGAUUCUUGCAAGAGUUUAUUCAACAGAAACCUAUUUUUCCAAAUUUAAAAGAGAAACAUUUUAAUUUAAGGUUGCAGUUUCUUUUUACUUUAGUGUGGGAUCUACUUUGAUUUCCCUCGCUUUUAAAGUGAAACCAAAUAAACUGAUCACACACCACA